AUGGCCGAUUCAGACCCUGUAGCUGCAAAGUCAGGCUUCCUGAAGAUGUACAUGUCGAGCCAUCCCGACACGCUCGUCGCGUACGCGAAGUGGUUUGGGAAGGUGGAGGAGGCUAUCACGGGCGCGGAGAUGUCUGCUAUCGACUGUAAUAGCAUGACGUUGACCUGCACCAUGAAGGGCGGCGAGAAGCGUGUCGUGCGUGUCCCAAUCGAGCCUCCGUUGAAGGGGUACGACGACGUGAAGCCAAGACUGCUUGAGAUGAAGGCAUUCGCACAGGAGGGCCUGGGCAUGAUCAAAGCACCCAAGAUCGCAACCUUCAACCUUCCUAGGCAGGCCUACCCCUCCGCGGCCUUCUGCUCCUUCGCCUACUACGUUUUCGUCUUUGGGGUCUCUUCGUGGGGUUCCGCCUCCCCUCUUGCCAGCCCAGCCAAGUUCAUCGUGUCGUAUACCGGCACCGGCCUAUGGACGUUUGGUGCCUGGUUCAUCGGCAUCACGCACCCGUUGGAGGCGCUCUAUGCAGCAUAUCUAUCCAGGCAGUAUAGCACUGGGUUUAUUCUUGGGGCGCUGUACACCCUCUCGACGCUGAUUGCGGGAUUCCCGGUGUGGAAGAGCAUGAGGAAGGAUGUCCAGGCGAAGAGGAUCGAGUCGGACUACGAGGAGACUCGGAGAUCUGCUGACGAGGACUAUACACUCUCCCCGACCACCACCGCGACUACAUCCUUCACUCCUGAUCCGCACGCUGUCUCUAUUGCGGAAGCUCAGUCGUACUAUGCAGGCUUGUAUUCUGAGCCCACGCUUCUAUACCGAACGGGCAAGGAGCAGUGGUCUCCGCCCAGGGGACCAGAGGCCCAGCGCCGUUUGAAGGAGCUAUGUGAGGUCUUCAACCAUCCAAUUACGAAGGUCUGGAACAACGACUUGGGCUGGAGGGUUGUCGCCAUUAUGGACGCUCACGCGAUCCGCUUUACGACCAUAGAUGUCGUUCGUUUCAAGGAGGUCGGAGUCGACGAAGCGGGCGAGGACGAGGAAGACGUCGAGGACGAGGAAGACGUCGAGGACGAGGAAGACGUCGAGGACGAGGAAGACGUCGAGGUUGAAGGAAAAGACGAGGAUGAAGAAACGGUCAAGACUAAGAAACAGGACGUCGGUCCUGUGACUAUCUGGAUCGGUGUAUCCCCCGAGACUACUACCGCUACGGCUGCCCACAACGCGGCUCAGGAUGUCCUAGCCCUUCUCAGGGACUAUGGAAUCACCGAUAUUGACGUAGACUAUCGCGAAUCCCCCUACACGCGCGAGAUUGGUCCCCGGCUUCUCCCACCUGUCAAUGAUCUAGACCCACUCGUCGACGUCGUUAGUCCCCUCACUCCCGCCCUCGGUCUUCGCAUCUCCACCAGGGCUAGGCCUAACGCUCAGGGGACGAUGGCCCUCUACCUCACAGAAGGUGGCGGCAGCAACAACCUCUUGGAGCUUUCGUGCCGCCAUGUUCUUUUCGGGCCGAGGGAAGCCAACGUCGACUACGUUCGCCACCCCAGUGCGCCUGUCAGGGAUGUCCUCCUGUUCGGCAAGAGAGCCUACACCAACCUAGUUGACUCGAUCAAAGUUAGGAUUGGACGACACGGCAUCUCGAUUAAGCGCUGGAGUAAACAGAUUGAAGGGUUCGUGGUGAGGGAGAGGGGCACCGACCCUGCCGACAUCCAAAAGGCUAUGAAAUCACGGAUUGAAACUCAGGCGUUGCUGGACCAGGCUGAGAACGCGGUGGAGGCACUUGCAGCAUUGCUCAAGCGUGUCAGAACUGACUGGAAAAGACUCAAUGACCGCGUUCUUGGCCACGUCCUCCUCUCCCCAGCCAUCGGUCUCGGUGUCGGUGAACAUCGUUUCACGGAGGACUGGGGAAUCUUCCAGAUCGACCGCGCUAAGCUUGGUGACGGUUUCCAGGGUAAUAAGCUGGAUCUCGGAACGAAGCUGACGUCCGAUGAGUUCACGCUCAAAUGCUUCCCUCGUGGAGAAGCUAACUGGGAGUUCGAGUAUCCCGGUGAUCGUCUGCUUCCGCUCAUGGGCACUAUCACUGACGAACUGAUGCGCUCCCCUGACAUGUGGGACUUAGACGGGGAACCGUGCUUGUUGGUCGUCAAGAACGGUAAUGCCACUGGCACCACCCUCGGCCGCGCCAACGGCGUCUUCUCCAUCGUCCGCGGCUAUUUUAACGACAUGUCUAUCAACCAGACCUCCAUGGAGUGGGGUAUAAUCAACUACGACAGCAAGUCCGAGGUCUUUUCGGAACCAGGCGAUUCUGGCUCCAUAAUCGCCGACAUCCGUGGACGUAUCGGUGGAAUGCUUACAGGUGGUUCCGGCAAAACCAAGGCCACCGACAUGACCUAUGCUACGCCGUUCUGGUGGCUCUUCCAGCGCAUCAAGGGCAAGGGAUUCCCUAAUGCGCACCUCAAUGUUACUUGCAAGGGAAGAUGA